UGAAGAUGCGAGGAUCCGCAACUGGGUUUCUGAAAUCAGAGCCGCUGCCUACGAUGCGGAGGAUAUCAUUGAGAUAUUUGCCAGCAAAAUUGAAAGUAUAAGAGAUAAGGGAUUUGUGACUAGAUUGGCAUAUUAUCCCUGGCGGAUUGUGAGCCUUAACAAGAUCGGUAAAGAGAUUGAGUCCUUACAGACAAGGCUCGAUAACAUAGCCGCUAGCCGCGAAAAGUUUGGUAUCAAAAAAUCUUGGAGAGGGAACGAGUACACAUGGAGAAGAGCUUCAACGGCUCCGGCGGUCCUCUCCUCUCAGCGAGGACAAGGAUAUUGUGGGCUUCGAGGAGAUGACAAAAUCCCUGGUGACAGAACUCUUGAAAGAGGACAGAAACCGCCGCGUGGUUUCAAUCAUUGGCAUGGGAGGUGCAGGUAAGACAACUCUAGCCAAAAAAGUUUAUAACCAUGCUGACCUCAUGACUAGAUUCAACUGCCGUGCUUGGGUAUGCGUCUCUUCAAGCUACAAUCACAAAGAGACGCUGAGGACAAUCAUAAAGCAAUUACAUCCGAUGACUAAUGAGCUACUUGACAUGUUGGAAAAGAUGCAGGAGCAGGACUUGGAACAAAGGCUCUAUCAAGAUCUACAAGAUAAACGUUAUCUUGUGGUACUUGAUGAUGUAUGGGAGGAAGAAGCGUGGGAUUGUCUAGCCAGGAAUGCCUUUCCUGAUAGUAGCACAUCAAGUAGAUUGCUACUUACAAGUCGCAAUCGGGAUGUUGCCGUACACGCAGAUGCUCUUAGCAUCCCACAUGAGCUGAAAACAUUGGGGAAGGAGCAUAGCUGGCAGUUGUUUCUCAGAAAGGCCUUAGCCCACGGGGAUAAUGCUGGGUGUCCUUCGGAUUUGGAAGAAGUGGGCAGAGAGAUUGCAAGGAGAUGUGCUGGUCUGCCACUGGCCAUCACAGUUGUAGGUGGGCUGCUACUGGGCAAGAAAGAGUUGAAGAGUGAAUGGAGAAAGUUCUCAACAGCUUCAACAGAAACCUCUCAAGGAGCCAGAGUGGAGUAUCGGCAAUUCUGGAAUUAA